ACGGUCCGUGACGGUUUUCCCACUUCAGCAACCUGUUCUGAAAAAAAAGAAGAAGACGUUUCUGGCGUCCGCCCCUUCCUCGCGCACUCACUCAGCGUCGUUUCUCAGUCUGCGCGCGCGCACACACACACACACGCAAACACACGCUCACACACACUCUGUAGCCAACGGAGCGGUAACGCAGUCGCUCCUUCAGACUCGCAGAGAAUCUUAAUAUCCAGCGAGUCGUAACGGCGCGCGCGCGUCGCGUAAAUAACACCGAAGACAAGCGCGAGACCAAAAAAAAUCUGUCUUUGGCUAUAGUAUUAUCACCACUGCGGGGAUUUUUGUGAGAAAAAAAAGAAGAAAAGCGAACUCAUCUCGGAGUCGCUGUGAUGUGGAUGUGACAUGCUGGGUGUGUGUUUUUUUUUGAAGACAAUAAUUAGAAUAACAGAAAAAUAAACUUUGCGGAAAGAAAUGUCUCGGAAUCCGGUGUUGCUUUGUUUUUUUCUCUCUCGAGCGCGUGCCUAGGAGAGCCUUGACAUUAACGCGCGUUGGACUCUGCACGAGCCAGGAUAUUUGAGUUACUCUUCACUGCUUGCUUUGGUGUUGAAAGUGGAUUUAAUUUUAUUAUUUUCUUCGCGUCGCCUUAUUUGAAUCGAGUUAUACAUUGACUAAACUGGAAGCGUCGCGCGGAGCUCCCACACCGGAAAAGGUGAUGAGGCAUCGCCGCUGAACAUGGAGCUUUUCUGGAUUUUAUUAUUCUCCGUCCUGCAGCGCUACACACGAGCACAGGGGGUUUACGCUCCUGCCAAUGCCCAGAUCGUUCACUCUGGCCAGGCGUGUGUGGUGAAGGAGGAUAACAUCAGCGAGAGGAUCUACACCAUCCGUGAAGGCGACACGCUUGUGCUACAGUGCCUGGUUAAGGGGCAUCCACGGCCACAGGUACGGUGGACCAAAACAGCAGGCAGUGCUUCCGACAAAUUCCAAGACACGCCGAUCUUCAAUGAAACCCUACGGAUCGACAACAUCCAGAGGGUGCAGGGAGGCCGCUACUACUGCAAGGCCGAGAACGGGGUUGGGGUGGCUGCCAUCAAGUCCAUCCGGGUAGAUGUGCAAUAUCUGGAUAAACCCAUGCUCACUGUACACCAGACUAUCAGUGAUGUAAGAGGUAACUACUACCAGGAGAAGACAGUGUUCCUGCGCUGUACCGUCAACUCCAACCCUCCGGCUCGCUUCAUCUGGAAACGAGGCAACGUUCCCAUCGAGCAGAGCAAAGACAACGGCGUGGACAUCUACGAACCGUUAUACACACAGGGUGAGACUAAGGUGCUAAAGCUGAAGAAUCUUCGGCCUCAGGACUUUGCGAACUACACGUGUCAGGUGUCCGUCCGCAACGUUUGUGACAUCCCGGAUACAUCGGUCACCUUCCGAUUGACCAAUGCCACCACUCCUCCAGCCUUGAAGCUCUCAGUCAACGAGACCUACGUGGUGGACCCAGGCCAGGAUGUCACCAUGUCGUGUGAGGUCACAGCAGGUUUCCCAACACCUACAGUGACCUGGGCGCGAUUCCCUGCCCCCUUGCCACGUCGUGCCAUCCUCCGCGGUGGUUCUUUAACGCUGCGCUCCGUCAUUCCAGCUGACUCGGGGUUCUACAACUGCACUGCUGUCAACAAUGUGGGCAACCCAGCCAGGAGAAACGUCAACCUUGUUGUUAGAACAAUGAAAAACCUGACGUUCCAGAUCACGCCUGAUUCGAACAAGGACAGUGAGAGCAUCCAGAUGGGUCGUGACCUCAAGCUGUCGUGCCACGUGGAUGCUCAGCCUCAGGAUAAGGUCAACUACACCUGGUACAAGAACGCUGCCCCUGUGAACCCGUCAGACAGCCUCAUUGUGCUGCGCAGUGACCCGGACAUGCCCCCUGGCACCAGCAGCCUGGAGAUCGUGGACAUGAAGUUCCGAGAUCAAGCCACCUACAGCUGCGUAGCCAACUUCCCCGGCAGUAAUGUUCCCGAACUCCGAGUGGACAUCAAUAUCACACAAAGCAGCGUAAUUCCUCCAGUCCUGUCCAUACCUGUCGGAGGAAGUGUGGUCAACGCGAGCGAAGGUGGGAACACAGAGCUGGUGUGCCUGGUUGAGGGGAAACCCCGCCCCCCAGUGCUCUGGUCCCGGGCCAACAAAGAUGUGCCCAUGCCGUCGGGCGAGUGGGUGACGGAAACGCGUGACGGACGCCUGCGCCUCACCAACGUCACACGAGACAUGGCAGGUGCUUAUAGAUGCCAAACGGCUCCAUACAACGGCCUCAACAUCAAACGCAGGCUGGCGCAGGUGCAGCUCAAUGUGGAGUACCCUCCUGUGGUGGACCCAGUCUACCAGGAUGUCCGUUCUCCGAACUACAAGCCUGUCAUUUUGCGCUGCAUAGUUCUCAAGUCGAAUCCCAACCGCAUAGCCAGUGCACGUUGGUAUCGGAACACGAUUCCGAUCCGCACUCCACCCGUGGAUCCUCAGGACGUCCCUCAGCUCCGGUUCAUACUCGAUCCCACCAACAACGGCACGUACGAGUGUAAAGUCAGCAACGGGGUUGGCACCUCUUCUUGCAGCUUCCUCGUCUCAGCUCGUCCGUACAUCGCCGAAUUUUACUUUGACACGCCGAACCCCAUCCGCAUCCUGAAGGGCAGCAACUACUCCUAUAACCUGCAGUGGACGCAGAGAGAACCGAACACCACGGACAAAGUCAUCGGCUAUUGGAUCAGUGUGCAGCAGAUGGGUCAAAAGGUGAUGUCCAAGCAGAUCAACACCAGAGAGCCAGUGAAAGGUGUGUUGAUGUCAUACACCAUAACAGACUUGCGAAUCCCUCUAUCCUACGAGGUUUGCCUCACUCCCAUCACUGCCUUCGGUACUGGGGAUACCGUCACCCGGACCAUCCAGUAUUCUGAGCCCUACACUUAUCCAAGACCUUCAGAUCACGUGUGCGGGUUUGAGGACGCAAGGAUCUGUGGAUUCUCACAGGAUCGCAGCGACAUAUUUGAUUGGACCAGACAAAAUCAUUUGAGUCAAAAUCCCAAGCGUUCGGUCAACACAGGGCCCGAUACCGACCGAAGUGGGACCAAAGAAGGUUAUUAUAUGUACAUCGAGACAUCGCGGCCUCGUCAGAAGGGUGAUAAAGCUCGUCUCCUGUCUCCACUUUACAACGUCACAGCGGCUCGAGGUCCGUCCGGAUCCAGCAGAGUGCCGUACUGCGUCUCCUUCUUUUACCAUAUGAACGGAAAACACAUCGGAACUCUGAAUGUCCUCUUACGAGUGAAAGGCAUCGCCACAGUGGAUUCUUUAGCAUGGACACUAUCAGGCCACCAAGGCCCCAACUGGAGGAAGGCUAACGUUGUGGUGUAUCCCAGUGGGCCAUUCCAGGUAGUGUUCGAGGGUAUCCGUGGCGAUGGGUUUGAGGGCGACAUCGCCAUCGACGACGUGUCCGUUACGAAAGGGAAGUGCAAGCAGGAGAAGCUCCCUGAAACAGACGUUCUUCCAGGAACAGCCCGAAGCCUUCAGCCUGUUACGCUGACCGAGCUGCUCGUUAUCUCCACGUGCCUCUACGUCCUGCUCUUCUCCAGAUGAUGGACGAUACACCUGUUCAACCCUCGCACCCGCCGCCUCCUCCCUCCCCCUGUGGCAUCAACCAACACUGCCCAGAUAUGUUUCCUUCCCUUCUCCCUCCUUUCCUGUCUCUUUAUUUUUUCCCUCCAUCAUUCAUACUUUCCUUGCUUUUUCCUUAUCACAUUUUCUCCAUGCUUGGCUUGCUCACCUUUGCCAUAUUUUCUCUCUCUCUCUCUCUCUCUCUCUCUGUCUCUCUCUCUCUCUGUCUCUCUCUCUCUUUUGAGUCUCUGUCUCUGAAUUUAACACCAUGUUGUCAAUAGCCUGCCGUCAUACCUCAAACCUUUCACUACGAAUCCACGUUCUUAAUGUUCAUCCCAUCAGUAUCUAUGCUUAUUAUUUCCACACCCCUCCUUUCCCUCUCCCUUACCCCUGCACUUUCUCUGUGUUGCUGACACACGGAAGUGUCAAUUAUGCUACCAAAGAUGAUGGCGGUUCUUCAGACGAAGAGAAAGAUGGGGCAAACCUGGGGCUGCCCCCCUGAAACCUGAAACUCACCCCUUAGACUGAAAGGUGAAUUCUGGCGACGAACGUAGGGUGAAGAGCGUGAAGAUGAAGACGGACAAAUGAAACGAGGCUCCAUCUCUUGCGGUCUCUUUUGGAUGAAUAGAAGAGAACCUGUACAGUUACAUGUAUAUGAUAUAUAACUAUAACUACAAACACAUGGACCACGACUACCACGUAUGUCUGAGACUAAUCCCGACUCAGACUUUGAGAAAGUUAAACUAAAGAAGCACAACUUUAUAUGUUUUUUUUAUCACUUUGGUUUUCCCCAUGUGGUAUUUUGUCCAUCUACAAAUUUGCUCUAUGCCUUGUCCUUUAUUAGAAAUGAUGUUUUCUGCCUUGCUGCUGAACAGAAUGGUGGCACCAAAGGGUCAGAACCGCCUACCCUCGUCCCACCACCGUCCUCCACCCAGACAACGGCAACCCGUAUUAUCUGUACGUUAAACAACGCACUUCGAACUUUGGAACGCCGAACACAGGACAGACUAAUGGACAUCAGAAUUGACUUAAUUCCCAACUACAGGAGCAGAGAUCCAGAAGGAUUCCAAACACAGACUUUCCAGAAGGUCUGCAUGCUCCACGGUGAUCCCAUAGUGGAAAGAGGAUUUGUAUUGCUAAGGUACACUCAAGCGUUUCAGAAAAACGCUUCGCACUUUUUGAAAGCGUGGAACGUGUCGCAAGAGGAACCCGGACUAGAGCGAGCGGCUAAUUUUGGCACAAAGCAAACCCAUCUUUCGACGAAUACUCAUUGAUAAAUAACGAACGCCGACAUUUCAUAUUAAGCAAUACAGCAUAAUAAUGAUUCUGCAAAGCUGAGCACACGUUUAGUGACAUGGGUCAUCAUCAUCAGUUUAUGCUUCGAGCAAAAUGUAUCAUAGGCUUAUUUCGACCAACUCGUACAUUUCAAAGAGUCAACUUUUACUGUGAACCGUUUCUUCUGAUUUGUUGAGUCUAAGGUCCCAGGGAGUGCAUCAGGGUUCUCUGUUAGGUCCCUUUGUGAAUGGCAUUUACUCACAAUUUAUUCAUCAAGUGACCAUGAAUGCUAAUUUUAUGUACUUAUAAUAAGGAGCACAACACACACACACACACACACAUAAUGGAGAAACCGUGUGUGCCUCUGUAAGAGUAUACACAUUAUGGGCGAACUGUUCAUCGUAACUUUAAAUGCUAUGAAACAAUCAUCUAGAAAUUUCUUUUCAUUCAACCCACUGUUAUUCAUGUUCACAUGCUCUACCAUUCAAGUUCAAUAUGCAAUGUCUAAUCACUAAGCUUUUAGUGUGAGAUUAGAUUUCUCAAGUCAUGUGAUUUUUUUCCCCUCAGUCUUCAACCCUGCUUGUAAAAUUUUGCUUACACUCAUAUUUAAUCAACGCAUAUUUAUCUUAGGACAAUAUACUGCUUGGAUCUGCUACAUUUUGGUAAAGGUGUUGACUUGCAUCUCAGGUCAUUUAUUAUUUUUAAAUUAAAGUACGUAGCAAAAGCAGAAAGUUUAGAUUUCAUCGUUUUAUGGCUUGUAUGAUUCCAUUCAUGCUAACUCAUGCACUUGGCUUGAUUAGCCAUUUAUCAGAAAUGAAAUGCUUCCAGAGCAGAAUCACUGAAAGGGGAAAUGAGAGAAAGGGAACAUUACUCUCUAAAAACAAGCUGGGCUAAAAAAAAAAAGCCCCGUCCUGGAUCCAGUAUGGACACACCCAGCAUGGGCUGCUUUAACCCAGUGAGGUUGGGUUAGUGUGUUGAUUAGCAUACUGGUUUGAUUUGGGGUUUUUUUUGGUGGUAAAAUUAACUACAUUACAAAGCUAGCCAAUAAUGUGAGAUGAUGUUAUAAAGAAAAUGUAGCUGGAAGUAACAUUAACCAUUACGUAGCAGCCCAAAUUGAACUGUUAAUAUAAUUACAUCAGAAUUUAAGAAUCGAUACGAAGCCAGUCCAAUUUCUUCUCUAAUUUUCACCUUAAAUCAAGCUAGCUAGUGUAAUUGUUGUCAGAAUUAGCUAUCAAUCCACAGCUAUCAAUAAAAACUAUGAAUAAAAAGAGUGGGGAAAAAGGUUAUUGUCUCAUAGGUUAAUACAAGAAAGUCGUGUACAAAAGCUUACAUUAAAACAGGAACAGCAGAAACUUGUUGUAUACCUCAGGUUUUUUUCUCUGAUGCACUGGUGUAAAAUUAACCUUGAAGCACCAUAACAUGGCUGUUCCCUUUCAGGUCCGAACCCCUAACCCCUGACUCCAGCCUGCUCUGGAUCAUUAUCAUCCCAAAUUUUGGGUCAAUUUGACAUUUUAUCGCUUUUUAAUUGACUAUAAUUUUCUCAACUUUGCCUAUCGAUGCUCAUUUUACAUGCAUUCCAACUACUUAGAAAAAAAAAAGCUUCGAGUCUAUACCAAGCAUCAUCUAGACAUUUCAUGUACCUCAGUAGAUGUUAGGCUAGCACCGAGAGUUCAGAUAGAAUGCACAUAGAAUGUGGAUUUAGGUGAAGGGAUACAUUAACGAAUCCUUUGUUUAUUCCUUAGAUCUUAUGAACGUUAUCAAGGUUCAGUUUGUAUUCGUUAAUUAAUUAAUAUCAAUGUCAUCAUGAUGAUACAAGGGACUGUGUGCACGUGCAGUGUAUACGUCACAUCCCAGUGUGUUAAAAUAACCGGGAUGGGAAUUAUCAUUAGGCACAAUCGUAAAAGCUGAGAGGAUAAGCAGCUUGGAGAGAGUGUAUCUUGUCCUUGGUUCGUUGCUAAUGGCACUUCUCUCUCUCUCUCUAUCUCUCUCUAUCUCUCUUUCGCUCUCACUCUCUCUCUUAUUUUUUUCCCUCCUUUUCUGUUUUGCACUGCAUUUCUUCCCCUCCGUUUGAAAUGUAUCUCUUUGUUAUGGGAGGUCAAUUUCAUCACUUUGAGGUAAAUGAGUCAAUGAGGCUCUCAGAUAAAUGCACUCUCAUUUGCCCUAAUGGCCAUUAGAUGAACUAUGGAGAAUGAGUUUGCAAAUAGACGAAAAUGUACAACCUGAAAAUGAGUCUAAACACAAAGAGAUCGAAAAAUCAGCACUGACAAACUUCCUUUUGAAUGACUCGCUGGAUUUCGGUCUCGCACUUCCAAGCUGGAAUCGGUUUCUUAUUACUAACGCACCUACUAUCAUCCCUGCUAACUGUAACGUUGUAUGAUUUCGGUUAUUUUUACACACAUGCAGCGUUGCAGAAGGCAGCCUGCGUCUUGGCAUUGCGACUGUUGUGAUCAUCGAUCGUGUCACGUGUCGAUCCUGUGCAGAUUCCAUCCCUGUAUGCUAUUUCAUGAACAUACUUUCAGCAUCCGUUGGUGCUUGUUUGAAAUGAUGACAAACAUGGUAUGUUUGAUGCACUCACCAUCCACUAUAUUAGGAACACAUGCUGGUUAAUCCAUGCAGUAAAUCAUGCAGAUGCUUCAGUUAAUAUUCAUAUCAAAUGUCAUGUGGUCUUUAGUUCAGUUUGGGUUUCAGCUGUUGUCUCUGAUUCCUUGUUCUUUGAUGACAGGAAUGUAACCUGGUUUAGUCUUCAGCUGCAGUUUUUGAGAUGCUUUUCUGCUCAUCACGGAUGUAAAGAGUGAUUAUUCGAGUUAGAUUUCCAGAACUCUCACUGACUGGAUGUUUGUGUUCUGGAUGAUUUUGUGCAAACUUUAAAGAUUGUUGAGUGUAAUGUGAAAAUCCUAGGUGUUGAGCCACAGUUUCUUUGGUAUGACCAUCAACCCGUUCUAAAGCGAAUGACCUGACUAUGGAUAAUUGCCUGAUUAUGCAAAUGGUCUUACUAAAGUGGAUGGUGAGCGCAAACAGUGCGUACUGAAACCACUUCAUUAGUAUGCAAUAUUGGUUUAAUUUCCUUACAUUCAUCAUGUUUUGCUGUAGAGUCCUGAAAGAAAAAUAAGCCACAGUGUGUCAUUUACAUUACACCAUGAAGCAAAUGAAAUAUUAUUACGAAUAGCUAAAACAUGCAAAGGCCAUGUCAUGUCAUUCAAUUCAUUGUUGGACUUUCAGUGCUAAAAAACACUUUCUGAUCCUUACCAUUGUGUCAUCAAAAAAAAAAAAAAAAAAAAUGGUGGAAUCCUGUGGUGAAACUUCACGGUUCCUCACCCACAUGAAGAUGAAGCAAUCACACCAUGGUUGUACCAUAUGUCCUUAUAUCGAAUUGGUCAGAGUGUUUGUAAGAGCCUGAGUGAGAAUGUUAUUUUCCUUUUCUUUUCUUUUUUUGUUAUUGUCUUCUUUUUUUCCAGAUGUACCGGUGCACAAGUGCAAGGAAAGCUUGUAGUGCUGGCCGUUGUAUAUUCUCUGUCAUGUAAUGAACUAUUUUAGAGGCAAAUAUAUUUGAAAUAUGAACCCAAAUAAUAUAAAUAAAUAAUCAUAAAAGA